CAAACCUAAACUGCUGACCUACUGACCCACUAACAAAAUGUAAAUAAAGCGACUGAGACGACGUCGGAUUUGACAGUAAGUAAAUAAGCGAAAACACUCUGAAGAAUAAACACCUAAAAUUACACGCAGCCUGAGCGUCGGUAAAGUAGUUUCAAGACAUGGUUAGAAUCAGGGCUUGACUACAAGAAAAUUCCAUACACGGAGAAAAGGAACGAAACGCAUUAAAAAAAAAAACGAAACGCAAAGUUGAAACGUGAGGAAACGAUCGUGGAACGCAAAGAGCGAUUGUGGAAGCUAAGCGGAAAUGAAAAACGCGAACAACCGAACAAGAACGGAGUGUUCGAUCAUUCAGUGUUCGAAUUUUGGUGAGAACGGAGGUGUCCGAAGUUUUAAGGAAGAUUUUCAGUUUUUCGGGUACAGGCGUGUUCAGUGGUGUGAAAAAAAUGUUAAAUUACGAUUGGGAAUACGACAUGGCGCAAUCGGUGGACAAUCUGCAGCCGAAAAAGAAGAAGAAGACAAAGGCUAAGCUUCAGGAAAUGGCUCGAAAGUUGGCGGCAGAGAAGGCUAAGUCAGCGGCGCUUGCGAAAAGGCUAAAGAGAAGCAAGAAGAAGAAUCAAGAUUUGGUAGCAACGAGGAACCGACAGUUGGCAACAGAUGGGUGGUCCACAGCUGGUGCUGGCUCAUUCCAGGUCGAAGACGAAAGCGAUUCCGCCAGUACGAUCAACGCAACUGAAGCAGAUGGUGUGCAGGCUAUCUCGAAGAAUGCGGAAGAGAAUCAGUUGGCAGCUGAAGAGGGUUCGUCAAGUACUGGUGGCACAUUACAUCUAGAAGGCGGAAACGAGUUCUCCAGUACGCGCAAUGGGACCGAUGCAGACAGAAUGCGGAUGAACUGGAGAAAUAUGACAGAUAACAGUCGCGAGGGAUCCAGAUUCUUGUCGUCUAUGAACCAGCUCUCGGUUGCAUCCAUUAACGUACCGGAAUGCAAACCAGCUGACGAUGGGGACAUUCAUAGACAGACAUAUGAGCUCUGGAAGGACCUCUUGAUCGAUUCGAUGAAUUUGGCCGGAAUCGAUGACGAACAUACGAUGUUCACGGUGUUCAAAGUAAAGGCAGGAAUCAAACUGCUGGAAAUAUUUCGGAACACCAAGUCCCAGCAGGACGAUCCGGAUGUUAUCACAAGGCCGUUCUCUAACGCCAUGCAAAGACUCAAGUCUUACUUCGGAUCAGGGUCCGACAUCAUGCUAAUGCGUAGGAAGCUAGCACUGAUGUCCCAGAAAGUGGAUGAAACCGACUUGGCGUAUAUUACAAGAGUCGGAUCAAUGGCUCGUUUGUGCGGCUACGAUGAAGGAAAGGAGUUUGAAGAAAUCGUUGCGACCGUUGCAGAACACGCGCGUCACAAGGAGGUUCGUAUGACGGCUUUGAAGAUGCUCAGCAAAAGGGGUUCCUUCACCGAUCUCGUUGAUAAGGUGCGGGAAAUCGAGUCCAUAAGAUUGAACGAAGAAUAUGUUUUGCGAAAGCGGGGACGGACAGAUCAAGCGUCGGUGGCGGCGGUCAGCAUCCCUUUUCACCGUCAGUCAGGAUUCCAGGAUCGAUAUGCUCCUGUUCAAACACAAGCAGCUACCCGGAACGUUUCAAACCGUCGUCAGCAAAGGUUCAUGGAUCGUUAUCAAACAAGGCCUCAUCCGUAUCAACGGGGAAUGCAAAAGCCACGAGAAGGUUGGCGGGCACCACGCGGUGUGCCGUACAGAUCAGGCGAAGCGAUGCCAAAAUGCUGGAGAUGUGAAAGUUUUUCUCAUUCGGCGGAUGAUUGCGGCGCCAAGGAUAAAGUGUGCAACUUCUGCGGCAAGCUUGGCCAUAUUCGUCGUGCUUGUCAGGUUCGUUCCAUGAAAACCGAAUCACAGCGUUCAGUAAAGAGUCGUGAUGAGUCACCGAAAGGGGUAGCAGCGGUGGAGAAGUUCGAAGACGUACCUGUGGAUGAUGAAAAAGUGAGUGAAUUGGAUGAAAGUUAAAUGAGAAUGAUGACAAUUUCACUCAUCUGGUCCUUAUUAGUUAACAAUCAUUAACUGGACCUGUUUUUCCUUAACAUUUGUUUUAGUAUAUUUAUAUUACUUUAAAAAAAAUGAAUUCGUUUGAAGUAACAUGAGAUUGUUAAAUCUACUCAACUAAGUAUGUAAUACAUUGAAUUCACUUGCUUAAUGCAAAUUAUACUACUUAACUCGCACUGACAAUGUGAUAUGAAAAAAAAAUAAAAAAAAAAAAUAAUAAUAGUAAAAGAACUAAUGAUUUAUUGUUUUAAUGCUAAACAAUUGAGAGAAAAAUAUGAUGAGUGAAAUGCCAUCAAUGCAUGUUCUAUGAGAUAUCAUAAUGAGUAUUAUUGAUAGGUUGAGCGAUCGAAUCUCAACGAAGGGCGAACAACUCCAGCCAUACACGUGGAAAUUAAACUCGAUGAGACGUCUCGGCCCGUAUCGACCAGUGAGAAUGAGACCAGGGAAAAGACAUACCACACGCCUGAUUAU